CACGGAGCCUGGCCAGAGGGAGCCGAGCCGAGAGCGGCGCGGGGAUCGGGGACUCGCCGUGCGUGCAGAUCGCGGGCCCCCAGGGGAUGGGGGCUGCCCUCGGGGCUUAAGCCCGCCCGCCGCCCCGCCCCGCCCCGGCCGCCCGCUCCCGACCCGCGCGUCCGCCCGCCCGCCCGCCUCUCUGGGACCAUGGGGCAUUAGCCGAGGAGGAAGCAUGCUGGCCGUCCGCUGCGCGCUGCUGACCGCCCUGCUUGCGACGCCCGGGACGGCGCUGGCCCCGGGGGGCUGCCCCGCGCUGGAGGUGGCAAACGAUGUGCUGACCAGCCUGCCAGGGGCCAGCGUUACCCUGACCUGCCCAGGUGGGGAAGCGGGGGACAAUGCCACCGUUCACUGGGUGCUCAGGAAUCAGGUCACAGGUUCACGCCAAGGCAGAUGGGCUGGCGUGGGAAGGAGGCUGCUUCUGAGGUCUGUGCUGCUCAGCGACUCUGGAAACUAUUCGUGCUACGAGGACGGCCGCCCAGCUGGAAGUGUGCGUUUGCUGGUGGAUGUUCCCCCCGAGGAGCCCCAGCUUUCCUGCUUCCGGAGGAGCCCCCUCAGCAACGUGGGUUGUGAGUGGAGUCCUCGGAGUCCCCCGUCCCCGACCACAAAGGCCGUGUUAUUGGUGAGGAAGUUUGCCAAGAGCCCAGGACCUGUCAGGGAGCCCGAACGCACUACCUCUCUGAUGCCACGUCCGGUGAAAGACUUCCAGGAGCCGUGCCAGUACUCCCCGGAGUCGCAGCAGUUCUCCUGCCAGUUGGCAGUCCCAGAGGGAGACAACUCUUUGUACGUCGUGUCCCUGUGUGUCUCCAACAGUGCUGGGAGCCAGUCCAGCAGACCCCAAACAUUUGAGGGUUAUGGAAUCCUGCAGCCUGACCCACCCGUCAAUGUCACGGUCACCGCCGUGGACAGAAACCCCCGCUGGCUCAGCGUCACCUGGCAAGACCCCCCUUCCUGGAACUCAUAUUUCUACAGGUUACAGUUUGAGCUCCGAUACCGGGCUGAACGAUCAAAGACAUUCACAAUGUGGAUGGUCAAGGAGCUCCAGUAUCACUGCAUCAUCCACGACGCCUGGAGUGGCAUGAAGCAUGUGGUGCAGCUUCGGGCCCAGGAGGAGUUUGGGCAUGGCUUAUGGAGUGAGUGGAGCCAGGAGGUCACGGGCGUCCCUUGGACAGAAUCCAAGAGUUCUCCAGCUGAGACUGAGCUGCCCCCCUCCACACAGGCACCUACUACUAAUGAAGAUAAUGAAAAUAUUUUCUCCAAAGAUUCUGCAAAUGCAACAAGCCUCCCAGUGCAAGAUUCUACUUCGGUACCACUGCCCACCUUCCUGGUGGCUGGAGGAAGCCUGGCCUUCGGGAUGCUCCUCUGUAUUGGCAUUGUCCUGAGGUUCAAGAAGACGGGGAAGCUGCAGGCUCUGAAAGAAGGCAAGACGAGCGUGCACCCACCGUAUUCUUUGGGACAGCUGGUCCCUGAGAGGCCCAAGCCCACCCCAGUGCUUGUGCCCCUCAUCUCCCCACCGGUGUCCCCCAGCAGCCUUGGGUCUGACAACACCUCAAGGACUAGCCGACCAGAUGCCAGUGGCCCUCAGAGACCUUAUGACGUCAGCAACAGAGACUACUUCUUCCCCAGAUAGCUGGCUGGCCGGGUGGCACCUGGCAGCCUGGGGUGUCAGGCCCCCCGGACUGUGUGGGUGCUGAAGCACAAACUGGCCUAGCAAAGACGCUCCUCGCUGCCGUGCCGGCUCACCUCGGGCGCUCGCGGCCGCUGGCUUCGCCUCUACAGGAGGGCCUCGCAGAAGGUUCUGUGCUGGGUGAAAAAAAGCUUUGCCGCGUCUGUUCAGAAGGAAGAGGUGGUUGAGUUUUUGAACCACUCUUCCCCCAGUGCCCUGCUUACAGGGCUUAGAGUGAACUCAGGCCCCCGUGAAGAGAGGGGUGUCAAGACUCUACCGGACACUCCGGUGGGCAGAGCCGGGUGGCUGCGCAGGCCUCAGACUCCCCCCUGGGCUUGGUGCGGACAAGUUGCUGGCCGCCCGCGCACCCUGACCCACCUCCAGGAGCUGCACCCUCAGGCGGGUGGGAUGAACGUCCAGCCAAAGACUCCCCGAGUCGCUUAUCUCUUGGCCCACCGCACAGCUUCAUCUUCUAAGCUUCUUGAAGCCCAAGUGCCUUCUCAAUUCAGUUUUUCUAGGCCUGAGAUCGGCUUUUCUUAAACCACCGUGGCUGGGGGAAAAGUCUCACCUGCUUUUCUUCACUGAACAGCUGAGAGGGGGGUGAUUGUAUCUCAGGGCCUGAUGGUUUGAAAUGGAAUUAUAAUCAGUUCCUCAUUAGCAUUUUUCUAAAUGUGAAUGAUAGUCCAAGCGCUUGCUGAAUCCAGAAGCAGUUGCACUGGCUCCAUGUCCCUUUUUGGAUCCCAGGACUUCAGGAAAGAAGCCGUGGGGAAGGAGGGGAGUGGUGGGGACAGGGUCUCCAUGCUUGUCUGUCACAGCAUUGCUGAGGGGGACAGCGGCCUCUGCAAACCACCAUUCUCCAUUCUCCCCCUCCCCUGGCCCUCCAAAAUGAGAACUGGCAUGAGGGAGGGCUUCUGCCAGUGGUGAAAUCAAAGCUGCCUUAUUCCAGCUUUGUUUAUUUUAGUUUCAGCGGAGCCUGAGUAACCAGGGAAGGUAAUAUUUAUGCAGAAAGACAAAAGAACCCGGCAAGAAUGGAUUUUAAUUUGGUUUUUAAAAAAACUGCUGACUAUUUUAUCUUCAGAGGGUGGAAGAUCCAGUAUUAGCUGAGUGUCAGUAUAGAAAUAAUGGGGGAAAAGCACGAUAGCUUUGUUUAACACAAAACUGAGUCAAGUGGAAAAGGGGGAGAAAAGGAGAUUUUGCCUUAUUAGAGAAGAGACUCUGGUUUCAUUCUAAAUUUUGUUUUUGCCUUAAAAAGUGAAAAAAAAAAAAAGUCUGCCUCUUCUCUAAUUUAGCGGAAAAGCAGCUUGUUACUACUCCCCCAGGCAGCUGAGAAGGAAACGGUGUCCAGCUCGUGUCACGGUGCUGGGAAGCAAGCCUCCCACGAUUACCCAGCAGGUCAGCUGAAAAUCCCCACCCCUGAAAGCCACGAGCCCUCGGGUAUCAGAGGAGGUUCAUUAGAGAAAACACCACAGCCCUAAACUUGGUGCCUUCCUCUCUUUAGUUAGUUCCUUGAAUGUGAUUCAGUUCAGCUAGUAUUGAAGCACGGAGUAAAUGUCUAGCCGUGACACUGCAGUAACCACUUCAGUUCACUUUUCCGUCUGGGCUUUGAAAAUUCAGUGAUGUUCGUGGUUACCCAAACAAGCACCCUCAAGUAUUCUGGGAUGUCCCAGAAUGAAGCUGUGAUUAAAAUCAGUCGUGUAACCACCACUAAAAAUUUACCAGACCACAAAACUUUUCUAGUAGUCUCCCCUUUUAGAAAAAUAACCACCAGCACCAGAUAGGUGGGGAAAGGAUGGAAAUGACCAUGUUUUAUUUACCGUUUGCCAGGUUCAAACUGUUAGGAUGUUGGACUACGCAGUGAUUUUCAUUGCUGGCUUUGGCUGUAAAUUUCAGACCCUGUUGCUGCUUCUGGCAAGUGAUCUUAACUUGACAAAAGUGAGGCAGAUGGUUUUGUUUUGUUUUGUUUUUCUCUAAAUUUUCCUUGACUGAGAACAGCAAAAAUGCUGUUAAAGGGAAAUAUAAAAAAUGAGAAUCUGCGCGAGAUAGGGUGAUUCUGUGCCCACGGUUCUUUAAGUCUUGACAAAGUUUUACCCACGUGUAAUUUUACCAGAGCCAGGCGGAGCGGUGCUAGUGGAAGAUGUGAAAUCCAGAUAGCUCAUGAUUGCUGAGAGCUAGGCAGCUUUGAUCUCCAAAUUGUUAUUGCUUUCAUUAUUAUUGGAACGGAACUGCGUUUUUUUUUAAUUGAAGAGGGUUUUUUUCCCUUUUUUUUUAUAAGCUAGUAUAGAUGAAGGAAAAAUAUUUGUCUUCUCUGGGUCGUAGGCCUUGCUCAGUGUACACAGGUAUACACCCUAAGCUUUCUCUGUCCUUGAAUCUGUGGUCAGUGAAUGUGUGUUUCAAUCCACAGGUCAUCCUUACCUGUGUUUCUGCAGCACACGUGCUGCCUUUUAUCCUCAACAGUGAUGCUACUCACCGAAUAUCUGUAGCCAUCUGCUACACAGCCAGAUGUGAAAUGUUAUUAGCACAGCGACAAUUUUUGUUAAAGAUGGGCAACUUAUCCUGCUGGGUGGGAAAAGUUGAAAAUAUGCUAGAUCAAGGUCUCAAUUAAAGUGGUCAUUAAUUUUUGUAGCAUUAAUGAAAAAAAAAAAAGAUCAAGGAGGUAUAGCAUUGAAUGUGUCAACAAAGCCCUUGGUGACUCUGAGAGCUCUUUGCCCUGAGGGAGCCUGGCCCUUGCAGUUUGUUGGCUAGGCUCUUGGCUCACCCCGAGUGUCCGCCAUUUCCCAGCUGCCCCCAAGGGAAGGAAACACCGUUACGAGGGGUGGAAUCUGAUGCUGGAGUGGACUGGGAGCCCACCCGGUGGUGGACAGAGCUGAGCAGGGCAGGCUGGGAGUGGUCAUGGUUUGUGGGUUUCGUGCAGAAUGUUCAGGAAUGUCUUGGCUGGCUGCUUUAGUGCUGAGCUGUAUCGCUUCAUCAAAGGCACUUAAGAUUGACCCAGUCGGGGAGGAGUUGGUGAGAAAUUUAUCUUAAUUUGGAGAAGCAGGGGCAACUGGUGGUCCUUGGGAG